UAGAAAACUCAAAGUCCCACAAUGCAGCGCAACCGACUGGGUAAAUCGCACAUGCGCAGUGUGCACUCUCUCUUUGGACCUACGUCUCCACUGAAACGAUGGCCAAGCGUACCAAGAAGGUGGGGAUCGUUGGUAAAUAUGGCACGCGUUAUGGCGCGUCGCUGAGGAAGAUGGUCAAGAAAAUUGAAAUCUCCCAGCACGCCAAAUACACCUGCUCUUUCUGUGGCAAGACCAAGAUGAAGAGGAGGGCUGUUGGUAUCUGGCACUGUGGGUCCUGCAGGAAGACAGUGGCCGGAGGCGCCUGGACUUACAACACAACUUCCGCUGUCACAGUCAAGUCUGCGAUCAGGAGACUGAAGGAGUUGAAGGACCAGUAAACCAGUGCCAUGAUCACUGGUGGAUUUGGGACUUUUUCUAUAAUUUAAACGACCUGGACAUGGCCUCAACAUCUACAAAUAAAUCAGUCUGGAGCGGAA